AUGCAGGCGCCGAGCUUGGGCUGCGAGUGGGCUUCUGGAAGGCUUCGUGGACUUUUCUACGGAGCAAGGGUCCUCGGGUGCGGGUGCGUCCCCCGGUGGUGCCAACGACUGCGAACGGGCUUCGGACCGGUGAGGCCAGCCGGGCCCGCCCGCCGGGGCGAGCAGCAGCUCCGGGCUCUGCGCCAAGACCUGCCCGUCACCAAGCGCUGCGCGGGGACGCGGCCGGGACCCGCCACCCGGGACCCCCGGGCCCGGGACCCCUCCACCCCGGGACCCCUCACCCCGGGACCCCCACCUCGAGACCCCUCACCCCGGGACCCCUCCAUCCCGGGACCCCCCCCCCACCCGGGGACCCCUCACCCCCUCACCCCGGGACCCUCACCCCGGGACCCCUCACUCCGGGACCCCUCACCCCGGGACCCCUCACCCCCUCUCCUCAGGACCUCUCCACCCCGGGACCCCUCACCCCGGGACCCCCCCCCCACCCGGGGACCCCUCACCCACACCCCGGGACCCCUCACCCCGGGACCCCUCACCACGGGACCCCUCACCCCGGGACCCCUCACCCCCUCUCCUCAGGACCUCUCCACCCCGGGACCCCUCACCCCGGGACCCCCCCCCCACCCGGGGACCCCUCACCCACACCCCGGGACCCCUCACCCCGGGACCCCUCACCACGGGACCCCUCACCCCGGGACCCCUCACCCCCUCUCCUCAGGACCUCUCCACCCCGGGACCCCUCACCCCCUCACCCCGGGACCCCUCACCCCGGGACCCCCACCUCGAGACCCCUCACCCCGGGACCCCUCCAUCCCGGGACCCCCCCCCCCACCCGGGGAUCCCUCACCCCGGGACCCUCACCCCGGGACCCCUCACCCCCUCACCCCGGGACCCCUCACUCCGGGACCCCUCACAACGGGACCCCCCCCCCCACCCGGGGACCCCUCACCCCCUCACCCCGGGACCCCUCACCCCGGGACCCCUCACCACGGGACCCCUCACCCCCUCUCCUCAGGACCUCUCCACCCCGGGACCCCUCACCCCCUCACCCCGAGACCCCUCACUCCGGGACCCCUCACCCUGGGACCCCUCACCCCCUCUCCUCAGGACCUCUCCACCCCGGGACCCCUCACCCCGGGACCCCAACACCCCGGGACCCCUCACCCCGGGACCCCUCACUCCGGGACCCCUCACCCCCUCUCCCCGGGACCCCUCACUCCGGGACCCCUCACCCCGGGACCCCUCACCCUGGGACCCCUCACCCCCUCUCCUCAGGACCUCUCCACCCCGGGACCCCUCACCCCGGGACCCCAACACCCCGGGACCCCUCACCCCGGGACCCCUCACUCCGGGACCCCUCACCCCCCUCUCCCCGGGACCCCUCACCCCCUCUCCCCGGGACCCCUCCACCCGGGACCCCUCACCCCCUCACCCCGGGACCCCUCACCUCCUCUCCCCGGGACCCCUCACUCUGGGACCCCUCACCCCCUCACCCCGGGACCCCUCACCCCCCCACCCCGGGACCCCUCACCCCGGGACCCCUCAUCCCAGGACCUCUCCACCCCGGGACCCCUCACCCCGGGACCCCUCACCCCUCACCCCGGGACCCCUCCACCCCGGGACCCCUCACCCCGGGACCCCUCACUCCGGGACCGCUCACCCCGGGACCCCCCACCCCGGGACCGCUUACCCCGGGACCCGCCCCGGCCCCGCGGUGGCUCCGCUCUCCCGAGCCACCGCCCCACUCGGGUUCACUUCCCGCCGUGGCCCGAGCCUCCCCCGGAGCCGGUCGGCCGCUUCUGGAGCCGGUGUCCGGGGCGGGGCGACCGGGUCUGGAAGAGCCGAGCCGCUCCUCCUCCUGCGAGCAACCGCGCUCGGCUGCACCUGGGCCAGGUCCGGUCCCCCGCGCCUCGCUCCAACCCCCCGGCCUCCCGGACCGGCGCGCACUGA